AUGGCCAGCAACGCAGCCGCCAAGGCAAUUAAAUUCGCCUACAAUGGCCCAGUUGUCAACUACAUGCGCAAGUUCGCUUGGAACAACCUUUGGGGAGGACGUGAAUACGGCCUUCUAUUCCAUGACACCUACUUCGAGCCUGCUCCAGAAGUUACCGAGGCUUUGAAGAGAUUGAAUCUCAAAGAGCCUCAUCUCUUUGAUCAGCGCAAAGUUCGUCUUUCUCGCGCUCAUACUCUCGCUCUUCACGGAGAGAAGCUUCCAAAGGCUGAAUGGACCAAGUGGGAAGAUGAGACUUGGUAUUUGAAGCCAUAUCUUGAUGAGAUCGAGGCUGAGAAGAAGGCCAGAGCCGAAUCUUCUGGACUCAUUCCACCAUACGAGAUGAAGCAGCAUUAA